AUGUGUUCUGACCUUUUGUCAGGUGUUGCUAGACGCCGUGACAUUCCUGAGAUCAACAAACAUUUAAAUCUGCGAGAAGGAGAUAUUUUGGAGAUUAAGGAGAGGCGCAUACAGAGGAGUGCUAUUUUAGGAGAUGACUACCGAUGGGAGUGUCCUGUUCCCUACGUGCUAAGUGAAUACCUCGAUAUGAAUGCCAAAGGUGUCAUCUUGAAGGCUUUGGAGCAGUUCCGAUUGAAAUCAUGCAUCGAUUUCAAACCAAGGGAGAGCGAAUACCAUCACAUCAGAGUUGUGAAGCAGGAUGGGUGUUUCUCAUCUGUUGGGAAAACAUCCUGGUACAGUCAGCUUCUCUCCAUUGGUGAUGGUUGCGACACCAUUGCUAUUGUUGAACAUGAGUUUCUUCAUGCUCUGGGUUUCCACCAUGAACAGUCCAGAUAUGACAGAGAUGAUCAUGUCACAAUCGUCUGGGAAAAUAUCAUGUGGGGAGAAGAGAACAAUUUUAAAAGGUAUACUAAGAAUGAAAGCACUACUCAGGGUACUCCAUAUGACUACACUUCUGUGAUGCACUAUGGGAAAGAUGCCUUUAGUCUUGGAACUGGUUACACCAUCAUCACAAAGCUGCCUGAGUACCAGGAUGUGAUUGGUCAGCGACUGGACAUGAGUUUCUAUGAUGCGUUGGAACUCAACCAACUCUAUCAGUGCAAUGGAUCUGUCUCAUUCCUGGACCACUGCAGUUUUGAUAACGAGAGUCUGUGUGAGAUGAGUUUCUGUUCUGGCUCUGAUCAUGGAUGGGAAAGAGUAACCAAUGCCACUGGAGGUCCCCACUCUGAUCACACUUACCUAGGGAGUGAGUCACACAAUGGGUUCUUCAUGCACUUCAGCACAGUUCAUGGUGAGGAAGGGAACACAGGAAGACUGCAGACCAGAAAGAUGACACCGAAGAGAGAAUGCAAAGUUCAGUGUCUGCAGUUCUUCUAUUAUCACAGUGGGAAUGAAUCUGACCAGCUCAACAUCUGGAUCAGAGAGUUUGUCAAUGAGAAUGACACACAUGGAAUACGCAGAAUAAUGGGCCAAAUCACAGGUCCCCCAGCCAAUUACUGGCAACUCCACCAUGUACCACUCAAUACCAAUAGAACAUUCCAGGUUGAAUUUGAAGCACGCAAAGGAGCAGGAAGUUCCACUGGUGGCUUUUCUGUGGAUGAUAUUAACCUGUCAGAGACUGAGUGUCCACACAACACUUGGCAGAUAAGAAACUUUGAGGAGCUUUGGAAUUCAAGCGAACCUGAAACUGAAAUCUUUAGCCCGAGGUAUUACUCUCCUGAAGGCUAUGGCUAUCAGGUGUCUGUAACACUGGAGUUGGACUACAUUUCUUUCCAUGUGUAUCUGGUCUCUGGAGAUUAUGAUGAUCAGCUGCAGUGGCCCUGUCCAUGGAGACAAGUGACCUUCUUACUACUCGACCAGCAUCCUCACAUCCAACAACGUAUGUCCAAACAAGAGAGCAUCACCACAGAUCCAGAUUUGAUAGACGACGGUAAGUAUUUUUGGGACAACCCACGGAAAGUCGGAACUCCGAAAGUUGAGAACAACGAGACAAUAUACGUUAACGAAGGAUGGGGUUACGAAGAAAUCAUGUACCAAAGGGAGCUCAUGGACAGAGCGUUUGUUAAGGGUGGUGACAUCUUCUUCCUCAUCAGUAUGCAGGACAUCUCAGAACUUCUUCAGAAAGACUCUCUGUCCUGUCCUUCAGUGCCUGAGCAGAACUUCACAAUAUCUCCAGAGGAGCAGACAGAUGAGGGUCCGUGUGAAAACAGGAAUGGUAUGACAACAGCCUCUGACAGGUAA